AUGGUCGACCGAUUGCACAAAGGAUGGUUCACCGAAUUUUCGCCCGAUGACCUGGAGAAAAUGAACGAUACUGGCAAUGCCUCGAGCAAAGAAUUACGUUCCGACGGCGAAAAUAUGGGUGGCGCGUGGCCCGGUCAAGCAUUUUCGCUCCAGAUUCGCGAGGUGCUGUACCACGAAAAAAGCAAAUACCAGGAUGUGCUCGUCUUCAAGAGCGAGACGUACGGUAACGUACUCGUGCUCGACGGUAUCAUUCAAUGUACGGAAAGGGACGAAUUCUCUUACCAAGAGAUGUUGGCCCACCUUCCGAUGUUUGCACAUCCGAAUCCGAAAAAAGUAUUGAUCAUUGGCGGCGGUGACGGGGGCAUCCUCCGCGAAGUCCUGAAGCACAGUGGCGUCGAGCAGGUCACCAUGUGCGAAAUCGACCAGAUGGUCAUCGACGUUUCUAAAAAAUUCCUCCCGGGGAUGUCGACCUCGUUCUCCGACCCCAAGCUGAAUUUGUUUGUCGGGGAUGGAUUCGAGUUUUUGAAGAACCACAAGAACCAAUUCGACGUGAUCAUCACCGACUCCUCGGAUCCGGUUGGGCCAGCCGAGUCGCUGUUCGGCGAGUCUUACUACGAACUUCUGCGAGACGCGCUCAACGACACCGGUAUUUUGUCGUCCCAAGGGGAAUGUCCCUGGAUAGACCUCCCCUUGGUGGGGAAGGUGUACACGUUUUGCCGACGGCUCUUCCCAGCGGCUAAAUAUGCAAUAGCGUCCGUUCCGACCUACACGAGUGGUCUGAUGGGUUAUAUUGUUUGCGGUCGGGAAGAGAAACGUGACCUCAGCACGCCAACCCGGAUCCUGACUGAGGAUCAAGUGAAGGAAAUGAAGCUUCGAUACUACAACUCGGAAGUUCACCGAGCUGCCUUCGCGCUGCCCCAGUUUAUCAAAGAGGCGCUCGCCGAA